GCAGGAGGCGUCGCAAAGCUCGCGCGGACGGCACGGGCGGUGCGUCGGGAGAGGGAGCCCAGGGGACCCGCCGCCGAGCACCCCCGCGCAGUCCGAGUGGUUCAGCCCGCCAGCGUUCAUUCACAAAAAGCGAAGAGUCGGCGAGGAGACGGUGAGUCAGGACCGAGCCGCCGCGGGCCCGCAAGCAGCAGCCCAGGGCAUGUUCCGAGACUUCGAGGAGCCCGGACCGAGCACCGGGCCGGGCGGCGCGUACGGCCCUCCCGCGCCCAAUCCCGCCGCGGCGCAGGCGGCCGCCCAGCAGAAAUUCCACCUUGUGCCAAGCCUCAACGCUGUGAGUGGCAGCCAGGAGCUGCAGUGGAUGGUGCAGCCUCACUUCCUGGGGCCCAGCAGCUAUCCCAGGCCUCUGGGCUACCCCCAGUUCAACCCGCCGCAGCCCCGACCAGGUGUCAUCCGGGCCCUGGGGCCACCUCCAGGAGUGCGGCGCCGGCCCUGUGACCAGAUCAGUCCCGAGGAGGAGGAGCGCCGCCGAGUGAGACGCGAGCGGAACAAGUUAGCCGCUGCCAAGUGCCGGAACAGGAGGAAGGAACUGACCGACUUCCUGCAGGCUGAGACCGACAAACUGGAGGAUGAGAAGUCUGGGUUGCAGCGAGAGAUUGAGGAGCUGCAGAAGCAGAAGGAGCGCCUGGAGCUGGUGCUGGAAGCCCACCGCCCCAUCUGCAAAAUCCCAGAAGGGGCUGAGGAGAGCAGCACAGAGGACACAAGCGGCACAGGCGGUACCAGCAGCCCGCCUGCCCCCUCCCGCUCUGUGCCUUGUAUCUCCCUUUCCCCGGGGCCGGUGCUUGAACCCGAGGCGCUGCACACGCCCACGCUCAUGACCACGCCCUCCCUGACCCCAUUCACCCCGAGCCUGGUCUUCACCUACCCCAGCACCCCAGAGCCCUGCGCCUCGGCCCAUCGCAGGAGUAGCAGCAGCAGCGGGGACCCGUCCUCUGACCCUCUCGGCUCCCCCACCCUCCUUGCUUUGUGAGGUGCUCCAGCCCCUUCCCUGCAGGUGUCACUCUAGCCAACACCUCUACCCUCAUUGGUCCAGCUGGUCUGGACUACAGUCCAUCCCAAACCCAGCACGUUCUUCUCCAUCCCUCCAGAUGAGACUGAGCAUAUUUUGCUUCAGGAUGGAACCAGCUUGGAGCCACCAACGCUGCUCACUGUUUCUCUCGAGCUGGCCCCUCUAGCACAAUUUGCACUACAUGAGAGACAAAUUAUUUCCUGCUUGUGCCAGAGAACUCCCAGCAGCCCAAAAGGACUUUGUAGAGCCUUCGAGGUCCUCUGGAGUCCUAACCUCUUCCAGAUCCACCCCCAUAGCCUACAUCACCCUCUUCCUGUCAUCCACCCAGCCCUACUCCCUGACAGAAGGUGCCGCCCUACCAGCCUAGAACACUAACCCAGCCCCACUGCCAGCAGCACCACCUGAUCGGACCAGGGCAUCCUUCAGGCCCCUCUGAAAUGGCACAGCCCCGGAGGGCGUUGGAGGCUUCUGUGAUGAGCUCACCUGUGGCACCCAGCUCUGAGAGGCCUUUAGCUUCAGGGAGUCCAAGCCCACACAGCAAAGGCAGCUGCUAUUUAUUUUCCUUAAGAGAGUAUUUUUGUACAAAUCUGUCAAACGGAAUAAAAAGGCUUGAAGCUCUG